AUGUCAUCAGAAGUUCAGUCUGUUCAAUUUUUCACGCAAGCGCUUCAACAUGAGUGCACAGUGAAAUUGAAUGAUGGGAGUAAAUUUAUUGGGAAACUCUCAUUGAUCGAUGGGUCGAUGAAUAUAGUUCUUGAAAAUGCGGAAGAAACAGUUAAAGGUGUUAAGGUGAAUUCCUAUCCGCAGUGUUUCAUUCGGGGGAAUAACAAAGUAUGCUAUAUUUCAGUCAAUUGA